ACAACCUUUUUGAGAAUGGCCACAUGCCACACGGUUUCCAUCUGCUUGGGGACAGCGGCUAUCCAGCCAAAAGGUGGCUGCUUACCCCUUUCCUAGCUCCGCAAACCCAGGCCGAACAAGCCUAUAACAGGAGCCACAAAGUCACUCGAGCUUUGGUUGAGAGAGGGAUAGGUCAGUUAAAGAGGAGAUUUGGCAUUCUACAUAGAGAAAUAAUCCUCCAGCCAGUUAAAGUGUGCAGGCUAGUCAUUGCUUGUUGUGUUUUACACAACAUUUGCAAGCAGCGAGCCAUUCCCAUGGCAGCUAUAGAAGACAACAAUAAUGGUGGAAAUGGUGAUGAUGGCAGGGUGCAACCUCAAGCAAACAAUCUUGUUGGGCUAAGAUACAGAGACCACUUUGUUUCAACAUACUUUGGUAAAAUAAUUUUAUUUCAACAUUAACAUUACCAAGUAUGCUUUAGCAUCUUUUGUCAUGUUAUGACAAUGUUUAUAA